AUGUCAAAUAACCCUCUUCGAAAUCUUGUCCCGGCCACUACAACAGACUCUUCAAUGUCACCUCCCAGACCUGAACUCCAGAGCAGAAGGAAAACUAGCGUCGCCUGCUUCGCUUGUAAGAAACGGCGGACUCGAUGUGAUGAAGGAUUGCCAUGUGUCUCUUGCAUAUCGCACAACACCGAAUGCGUCAAAGAUGAAAACGAUGACGGCCGCCGCCGCCUGGCAAUGAAGCGCAAGAUUAGUGCUCUUGAGAGCGAUCGUCAACUCUUCGACGACUUGCUCACCGCGAUCCGGACAGCCACACCGACUCAACUGGAGCCACUUCUCAAAGUCAUACGCAAUGGAGGUUCGAGACACAGUAUCCGUGACUAUCUCGAGUCUGAGUUCCGAGGAAGUCCUGAUGCGAUGCAAUUGGAUGGCGUCACUGGCCACUCGAACCACUCGAACCACUCGAACCACUCGAACCACGUGAGCCGGGCCAUACGCCGCCCAAUGCUUGGUCGGAUUCAAGACGUCGUCAAUCCUCCGAAGUCUGUACCCGCAAAACCUUGGACGACGGUCACGGAUGAUGAUGACUUUGUCUCGCACCUCAUCUCGCUGUGGUUUACUUGGGCGCAUCCCUGGUGGCAUUGGGUCGAUGAGCAACUGUUCCUGGACGCCAUGAGGUCGGCUGACAAAAGCAGUCUCGUAUGCACACCCUACCUGGUGAACAUGAUUCUUGCCGACGCUUGUCUGCUGGAUACGUUGACGGACGACGGGUCAGAGCCAAACGAGUGGAUCCGAGAACAGUUCUAUCAAGAGGCCAAAAAAGGCCUGGAAGCCGAGGAAGGUCGAGUGUCGCUGGCCUUGGUGGCAACGCUUGGUGUUCAGUGGACAUAUCUCAAUACCAAUGGUCAAGAUUCGUUGGGCAACACUGUCCUAUGCCAGCAAAUUUUUCUUUCCAAAGACCUGAAAAAGUGGCGGCAAAAGAUAAAACGGAAUUCGAACCUCGCACCGGCAUACCUCGACAGCAUCAACAAAUCUCUGGAUAGACUCGAGUGGACGUUGUACUCUCUCAAAUCAUGCACCCUACUGGAUUUCGAAAAGACCCAGCUCAUGAAGCCGCCUUCCUGUCCGAAGCCGGAAUCUCAUCAUGAAACGGAAGAUUACGUCGGCUGGACUCCCUAUCCGCAGCCGCAUCCUCCGGUGGACUUCCAUCCAGACUGCCAUUAUCUCAGCUUUGUGUCGAUCAUCGAAAAAUCAGCAAGGGCCGAAGCAUUGAUGGCAAAGCAGGAGGAGACAACCUCCAAGGAGACCAUGCAAGAACUGGCUGAACUAUAUACCGGCGUCCGGAAUUGGCACAAAACAUUACCUGAGUGCAUGAACCUUGAUGGGAGAUCUCCACCGCACGUUAUCGCCUUGCAUGCUCUUCACAAUUGGGUCGUUGUGAUGAUGUCCAAGCAAUUGGCGGCGGUCGAGUCGGGAAACCGGUCACACCCGUCACUGAUACGGACACAGCUUUCUAAUGAACGACCCGAAUGGAGAGAGACCGCGAUAUCCUCGUCGAUCCGUAUUGCCGACCUUUUUGAACAGAUCCGGCUGGAGUGGGGCACUGACCACUUUCCGGUCAUCAUCAUGCAACCCGUGGCCAUUGCAGUAUUUCCAUUACUGGAGGGCCUCAACGAGAGACCGCAGUCACAAGAGGCCUUCUUCAAACUCUGUCUCACUAUUCGCGCCGCCAGCCGAAGGUUCUCUGUGGGUAGGGGACUUUUACUUGCCGUCCUUCAGGCUGCACAAGAGAGAAACAUCGAAUUACCACAGAAUUGCCGCGACUUCUUUGCCGACUUGCGGACCGGGAAUUCAUCUCAGGAGAAAUCGGAGCUCACCGACAAGGGGUUGGAUUAUCUGCUCGACAAGUGGGAGGAUCUAGAUCUCGAGAAUUCAGUGACGACUACGCCGUGAGAUAUAUCGGAGGUGUUGAGGGUUGGAAUGGUGGACUUUCCGCGUGAAACGGAAAGGCUUGUUGGGCUUUCACCAUGAACAGGCUGAUUCCAGCGAUGCGGCAUGGCUCCAAUGGACCUUUGGUGUACAGGGCUUCGACGAGAGAACCGGACCACAGAAAUAUCCCAGGCUAGCGACCUAGCAUGGAAGCAGAGAAGCAUCUCCACCCCGUGCUGUGCCUCCAAGAACCUGAUCAGACCUUUAUGAGUCCGCAAUCCCGAAUACACCUCAUUGGGCCGCCCUGCGUCACGCAGAUGGUCCAAAUUAAUUGCGAGCUGGAUAUCCAGAGCAGGGCAUAGCCAGAGAUUUCCAGGGCCAUGUAUUUGGUUCACGGCUCCUGGUAAGCCUCGCGUUUGGUGAUUGUCAACCAUUGCAGUAUAAGCCCGGACGCAUCUCAGAGUCCCUCAGGCUCGUAUCGGAGGAUUCACUCACCAGUCCUCCCAAGCCCUGGAGAUACAGCCUCUAUUGAUUCAGUGAAGUCCUAGUCCUGGGCGGCUCCUUCGAGAGAUCAUCCCCGCCCUGCCUUUGGUCUAUGAGUAGCAUUCCUACCCCAGAGCAUAUAUGCAUAUCUCUUCUGUCGCAUACGAAGGGUGGACCGGCAAAAACAGUUGCAGUGCCAGAGCACUGUACCUAGCAAAGAUACAGGUCCUAGUAACGCUGAUGCCGGUAUAAUAAAGGAAUAGCCUCUUCACGGGCCAGACAUUGACACGACACACAAAACAUAGUCUGAAAGUAAAAUCGCAUUUCGACGGAGCCCUCUAG